GCUAGAAAUCACCCCAUUUAUUAAUAAAUUACACUUUGUUAGAUACUAAAUCGUCAACUCAGAUAAAUAUAUAUAUUAAGCAAGUAACAACAACCGCAAAUAAUUAUUUUAAACAAGUACAGAACUUUCCUACUUUCAUUUUUUAUUGUUGGCAGAACUGUAGUUUUUCCAUCGUCACAUCGUAAGUUUUGGGAUUAUUUUUAACUGGCUUACAUAAGAAAUAUUUGCGAUGGAGAAAGAAGAAUUACCAAAGGUUGAGGUCCAGACAACAGAAAUUACGACCAGUAAUGAAGAAUCUGUGAAAAAUUCGUGUGAUAAAGAAACUCCAAAGGACGAUGACGUGGCUGAGCAAAACGAAGGCCAGGAUCAAGCCCCUGCUGAAACUUUGGAAUCAGAAAUAACAAAGGAAGCAGAAAAAUCGUUUCAAAGUCACCCUUACAAGACGCGUCUCCUUAAUUUUGAACCCACGGUGGAGCAGAUGUCUCGUGUGGAGAAUAUAGAACCCCCCAAAACCCUCAAAGAAACACCCCUGUGUGAUAUCGUCACAAAAGACAAUCUCCAGGAAUUAAUUACUGAUUUAAAAUCUCAUAAAGUUAUAGGAGUUGACGUUGAAUAUUCAGAUCAUGGUUACGUAGCUUUGACUUGUCUUGUCCAGAUUUCAACCUCUAACAAGGAUUACCUCAUUGAUGCGAUUACUUUAAAGGAUGAGUUGCACAAAUUGAAUGAAAUUUUCACAAACCCCGACGUUGUGAAAAUAUUUCAUGCAGCAGGAAAUGACUUGAGGUGGCUUCAGCGGGAUUUGGGUGUUUUUGUCAUAAACAUGUUUGACACGCAAAUAGCAAUGAGAGCUUUAGGAUACAAUAAAUUGGGCCUGGAUGCUCUCUUGCAGGUUUAUAAUGCAACCAAAGAUAAAGCAAUGCAGCGUGCGGAUUUUCGCAGAAGGCCGUUGCCUCCGAAAUUCAAGGAUUAUGCGCGACUGGACUCGCACUAUCUAAUAACGUUUUACCACAAACUGAAAAAUGAAUUAAUUGAUGCCAAGCUUUUAAAGGACGUGUAUGAUAAUUGCAAUAAUUGUUGCAAGAUUUUGUAUCCUAAAGUUGAGGAUGAAUCGUAUUUGUCGGUUCUUAGAAAUGUUGAAGAGAUGCACAAACGACAGUUACUAGUUUUGGAAAAACUGAACGACUGGAGGCACCGAAUUGCCCAAUACUUGGAUAUAAACGUUGGCUGUGUGUUAUCGAAAAAUAAACUGGAGACUCUGGUUUUACAAAUGCCGACUGAUUCCUCCCAAAUUAUCAAAAUUUCGGAAUCACGUCACGUGAAAGAACAUUUGGGUGAAGUUAUCCAAAUAUUGUCAGAAGGAAAUCCCGUUAAUCGGAUUAAUACAUUUUCCAGAAAUAAACGUAAGUUUAGCCAGACUGAUUUUGGUAGGAAUGAACCUUCGGGAAGUUAUAAAAAAAAAUGGAAUAAACAUCCAGUUGACAAAAAUGUGCAAAAUUUUGAUUUAAGAAACACUCUGCCUCAAAGAGGAAGGAAUGCCUACUCGAACAAGCGAGGAGCUAAAGGUUUUCAGAAAUAUAAUUAGACUACUUGUUAAUCGUUAUUGUUAUUGUUUUUUGGAAUCCAUUUUAGUUCAGUAAUGUUUGUUAUUUUCAUUGUCUAAAACUAAACUAAAAGCCUGAAUUAAAUUGACAAACAAUAAAUUGAAAGUAAGUGAAGAA